AUGUUUUAGUCCGUACUUCAAAUUCAAAUUCAAAUUCAGAUUCUAAGCAGACCAAUCCAGAAUCUGAGAAAACGCUGCCGCCAUAGACAGCGGAGUAGAUCCAAAUUAACGGCCAUUAGCAACCGGAAUCCUGCUGCUGGUAAUAAUUCUUUCAAAGUUACGAUUUGCAUAGUUUUCCGCUUCUCAAUCUUACUAGGUGGGGAAGCAACAUUUAUAAGCAUGGAGAGGGGAAAUAAAGUUGACCAUCAACAAUUGAAGCCGUCAGUUGUUUUAACUGGAACUGCAAAAGAAGGUAGUGUUGGCCCACCUGUUGGUCUUGUAGACAUCGGAGUGAGUGAAGGUGCCUACCUUUUCCGAGUUGCACUGACAGGAAUCCAAAGGGAUCAAUGUAAGGUGAAAUGUGAGAUCAACCGUGAUGGGAAAGUUCAGAUCCAAGGAGUUAUAUCAAAUGGAGCAAUGCUGAAAGAUUCAAGUGCAUACCAUAUGAGAGUCCAGCAACUGUGCCCAGUUGGACCUUUCACUAUUUCCUUUAAUCUGCCAGGACCUGUUGACCCCCGAUUGUUCUCUCCCUAUUUUCGCCCUGACGGUAUCUUGGAGGUGAUGGUUAUGAAAUACAAAAUGCAUACAACUCCUGGACAUGGUCAGCAUCCUCAUUUCUGAGGAGUUCUAACGAGUUAUCCCAUACCAAAUAUCGCAAGGUAUGUCUUAGGAAACAGAAUGCAUGUCAAGGCACCUAGAUGCUUACUUUUGUUAGCAAAUCUGAGAAAAUAUUGAGUCUCUGUACAAUAUAAUAUUGGAUAUAAUAUAAAUGGUUGGUUUAAGGAGAUUAUACAGUCUGUAAUGUUGGCUGUACAAUUAGGAGCUAACAAAUGCAUUUCUUGCUGUUGAAUGAAAUUAAUAAAUUAAUAUUUCCUUUGUCGGAUCGGGCAAAUACAUAAAAGGAAAACUUGAAUAUUGUCUUUUCUUGAA